GCUCUACAGUAUUGAGAAUUGGGGCGUUGACGAUGAUUUUUCGACAAUCGACAAUGCGAAGCUGAAACAAUUCAGCUCUCUUUGCAAACGGAUCCGCGGCCUGUGCAUCAAUGGGGAUCCUUCAAGCAGCCCCCACGAGGUGCAGAAAAUGCUUCACGAAACAGAGUUUUUCUCGCACAUGGAUUACACGGUGAGGAUGAGCUUUUCAGACUUUCCACAGAGCUCCGAACCACUGGUCAAGCAGGUGAUCUCCCAAAUGUGCCACUGUGCAGUCAAGGCCGUGGCAAACAACAGCAAGAACCAGAUGCAGGCUUAUCGAUCUAUAGAUGCGAUGAAAGCCUUGGUCGCUGAGCAGCCGGAGUCUGCGCUGCUACUGGCAGAGAUCUUCAAGGGCAAUUUCACAAUUUGCCGGCGUGUGCCCGAAGACCUUAUCGCGAAGUUCUCCGAGCUCAUUCUCAGGGAGCGGAUGGCUGGCAGCUUCGUGUCCUGCUACAUUGACUUCUACAUG